UCCAUAUUGUUUCCGAUUCUGGAUGAGCAUCAGUGUUCGGGCCUUCUGAGUGAGUUAGUAUCAGUUUGAUGGUAUAAACAUGCAAGUACCAACUGGCAAUCUAGUUGUUCAAUGUUUUCCCCCUUUAACAGUGUAAAGAAAACUUAAUUGAAUUCUUAAAUUUCCAAUGCUUUGAGCUAUUGCUUUUUUUUUUUUACAUAUUAUUUGGAAUUAAGAAAUUGCUGUUGGAGAUAGCUGGAAGCAUGAUCUUGGUUUCAACUCUGGAUGAUACUGCAACUAAUUUUUCUAUCCAAGCUUCUACAUUCCUCAUUUGGUCUUUCUUGAUAAUAGCAGAUAUAUUCUCUAUGAUUCCAUUAAGUAUUUCGGAGAUCAAGCUAAAAAUGUUAACUCAGUUAUGGACAAAAAAAUUGUGUUGCAAUCAGGCAUCUGAUAGUAUUAGAAAUCUGUUACUUUUUUAGAACUAUUUUUGUUGCUUGGAUUGCACCUUUAUCAGUCUUUAUGUUGUUGGACAGUCUUCCAAAGUAUAGUGGUUUCUUUUGUCAACCUGGCCAUAGCAAGCAUUCCUACAAGCCAGCAUUACAGGUCUUGCAAGAGCUGGCAUUAUUUUUGAGACAAGCUAAACAUUACCUGUCUAUAUUUAAGGAAGUGGUUUCUUGAAUUUGACAAUGCAAGAAAUUUUUUGUAAUAAUCUUUACUUUUAUGAUGAGGCCUAGGAUUAUUCAAUUAUGGGACUCACGAUAGAUUAUUGUCCAUAUUGCUAAAAAUCAUUUGAAGUGAUGUCUUUGAAGUUUUGAUCUGCCUUUAUUGUAUAUUUUGUGGAAUAAGGAAUAGAUCAGAAUUUCCCUGUCCCCUUCUGUUUCAUAUAGUUGCCUCACUGUAUCAAUCCCCUAAAAGUUUUUGUAAGCAGCUGUAAAUAUUCAAUGAUUUUAUUGAAUAUUUAAGAGGUAUGAGAUGGUUUAUUUCCCUUUUGCCUUUUUUGUCCUUCUCAGCUUUCUGAUAUAGACAUGUUAUAUGUGAUCAUUGGCAUCCUUUGAGUAUUCUCUCUUUUCUCCCUUUAAUGUAGACAAAUUAUGUUCUAUUGCUUGGUUUCUUUAAAGACCAAUUGCAACAACAUGUCCGUCUUCAUGCCAUGGAAGCAGUUAUGGCUUGUUGGGAUCUUGAGCAAUCACUUCAAAGUUUAACAGGUGUAUCUCCAGGUGAAGGCUCUGGUGCAACCAUGUCUGAUGAUGAAGAUGAAGUAGUAGAUAGUGAGACAAGCUUGUUUGAUGGAAGUUUGGAUGGGAUUGACAGCAUGGGAUUUGGUCCUCUCAUUCCAUCUGAAACUGAGAGGUCCUUGAUGGAGCGUGUUAGGCAAGAACUGAAGCAUGAACUGAAACAGGGUUACAAGGAGAAAAUCGUGGACAUUAGAGAGGAAAUUCUGCGUAAGAGAAGGGCUGGAAAGCUACCAGGUGACACCACCUCCCUCUUAAAAGCUUGGUGGCAGUCACAUUCUAAAUGGCCUUACCCAACAGAGGAAGACAAAGCAAGAUUAGUGCAGGAAACCGGUUUGCAGUUAAAGCAGAUUAACAAUUGGUUUAUAAACCAGAGAAAAAGGAAUUGGCAGAGUAACCCAUCUACUUCUCUGAAAAGCAAACGUAAGAGGUAGGCUGCUUAUGAAUGUAUGUGUUUCUCAAUCAAAAUGAGCUUUUCUCAAGAAUCAUUCGCCAAAUUUAAUUUGGAAAAAGAAGUAAUGCAGGUAAAACCAGCAAUGAACACUUAAUGUGAAUUAAAAACUAUAGAAAACUACUUGUUUCGCUUUCUGUCCAUACUGGUGGAAAUUCAGCUUCAGAGCAUGCGUUAUAGGCUAUUGCAAUGGAAAAUCUGGGUACAAGACAACUUCCGUUGAGUGCUUUAUUUUGUAAACGUGGUUAGCUUUCAUCAGUAACAAGUUUUGUGGUUCAGCUUUACAAAUGGGUUGGCAUGAGCACCAAUCAGUUUUAGUCAAUAGGUAAUCUGCUGAUAGGCAAUGAUAUCUGUGUAACUAUGUUGUUUUAGAUUCUUGAAAUUUAGAGCCUAUAAGACUGUAAGAGAAGUCCUCUACAUAGAAUUAAUGUAUCAUAGGUAGCUGUAAAUUUUUAGCUCAUGCUUUUAUAUCUGUGGACAAGAAUGGCUUUAAGUCAUGGGUUUAUAAUGUAAUUAUCAACAUGUUCAUACUAUAUAUAAUGUUUUACCUGUGAAUUGAUUGAA